CAUUUUAGUUGAAUCACUCAGUUGUUGUCAGUGUGUUGUUGUCUUUUGAUCUCUUCUCGGUUUGCGGAUUUUUUCUCUCUUUUUCACCAUGCCACGCGACCCCUAUCCUUUCCCAAGACUCCAAAAUGAUACAGACUUCGCAGGAUCGGAAGCUAAGCAGAUAAACCCAGUACAAACGAGCUCUUAUAAGGGAGAGCAGUGGGACAGACUAUACAAGACAGCUACGCUAAGCAGUUUGAGGCGAGAAGUGUUCCAUAACGACCCCCAGGCACCACGGGACAGUCUGGACUUUGUAAUCAAAUCAACUUACGACAAUCACGCAGAAUUCUUGAAAUCAUCUGCCGAGACCCUUGUUCAACCAGAAACUGUGGGAGGCCCCCAUGGACGAGUUCUUAAGAAUCGACCACCUCCUCCAGAGGCACCGAUUGACAUUUACAAGCUACCACUAAACCGCAGCUCAGCCGUCAAGAGAGAAAGUGUUCAUAGUAUUAAUGGAGCCAUUGAGAGUCAUCACAGUGCCUCAACAAAUGGAGGAUACUCACGAAAACAUGAUGGAGGCUUUUACACAUGUUAGAUUACAUUGAUAAGUGGUUACAGUGCUUUAUGUGAUGAUUUAUUUUUAAUUCAUGUCAAAGUACAAUAAUAUUUGUGAGAACUAGACAGCAAUAAUUUCACAUGAUUUUGUAAAAAUGAUUUGUGUAUAAAACUAUCAAUAAAAAAUAAAUUAAUAUUA